AUGGCUUCAGAAGAGACCAUGAACAUCCUCCAGCUCCACUCGUCUACGCUCAAACUGGGAGAUGAAGACGAAAUCGAAGAUUGUAAUGACGAGGACGAUCAUCACCGUCACUCCUCCCACUCCCACUACUUGUCCAGGCUAUCCCUGUGUGCCACCAGCGGCAAACCUCCCACUUUCACUCCCAACUUGUACGAUGAUGAUGAUAAUGAUGACGAUGAUGGUUUUGGUGUUGGUGUUGACAUCACUGACAUGGGGUUGGACAUGGCGAGAUUGUCGAUCGAAGGCGAAGGCGAAGGCGAAGGAGAAGGCUCCUCCGAGGAGGACGCCGAUGUAGAACUCUCGGACGGCAAAGAAGGACGGAAUAAAGGAGUUCCAAUUCCCAUCGGGAUGUCGGACUCCGAAGACAAGGAAACGUGCUGUUACUCUUUGCCAGCCACCCCGCCCAGGGUUAGAAGGAGGAGGGCUCGUCCAUGUGGGUAUGGCUCUGGGAAUCUUUUGGCGAUGGGUUUGAAAGAGAAGACGACUAGUUCUACUUACUGUUGUUCUUCUCCUUCUUCUUCCUCUUCUUCCUGGACGAGGAGGAGAUUGGCAGGGUCGGCGAUGAGAGACAGAGACAGAGACAGAGACAAAGCAUGGGAUGAGAAGAACAACCACCCCCACAAGUACGGCAACAUCAAGGCCGAGGAAGAGGAGGAGGAUGGGGGGAGCGAGUGCGUGGUGAUAACGAGGCCCAAGGGUGGGGCGAGAUCCUUGUGUAUGGACUUGGAGGAAGUGAAGGCCUGUCGGGAUCUUGGGUUUGAGCUGGACCACGAGAGGAUGAUGAUGGUGGACAACCCCACCCCUGGUCGGAUCUCCAUAUCCGUGCCUGCCGCCUCCACUAUCGACUUCGACACUAGCAGCGGUGGCAACUCCCCUAUCGCUAAUUGGAGAAUCUCCAGUCCCGGAGAUGACCCACGGGAUGUUAAGGCUCGGCUCAAGGUAUGGGCACAGGCGGUGGCGCUAGCGUCUACAUCUGGUCACGGUCCCUAACUCUCU